AUGAUGAGCGGCCGGUCUCCGCUCUCCUCCCUGGCAGGGGACCAUCCCCAGGCCGGCCACCAAGCACCAGGCGUCCCCAAGCCGGUCCCCUUGUACAAGGGCGUCAGUGGGGACUGCCACCCACCCGGGUCCCACCGGGAAGGGUCCCGCUGGCCACCCUCGCCCCGCAGGGACUGGGCGGACCAGUCCCCUCCUCUGCCAUCACCAGUGGCAUCCUUCGGGAUGGAGCCAGUCACCGCAUGUCCCCCUGCCCCGGUGACACCCCAGCGAGCCACAGCCGCCCGGGGCGGGCGGGAGGGUGGCAGGGUGGGAGAUGCGGAGCCCGAGCUGGGCGCUGCCGACAGCUGGAUCGGCGUGGUGCCGGUGGGCGAGGAGCCAGCCGAGGCCCCCCGGGGCGCCAAGGAGGAGUCCUUCACCGCCGCCGUUGUCAGCAAGAUGAAACGAGCCCUGGUGCUGGGGGCAUCAGCCCUGCUCAUCCUGGCGCUGAACCAGAAUGCCAUCCGGGAGCUGGACGUUUCCCAGCUUCUUGCCAAGCCUGUGAUCGUGAUCCAGUCCUCGGACAACGUCACCAAGCUGCUAGGAGCGCUGCUGCGGGGGCUCAGGGCUACGGCGAAGAUCACGUACCAGGCAGUGCUGCUGGAGAACCUGGGAGUGACCCUUACCCUGUGGUCGACCUGUGGCCUCUCCCGGGGGGGCCUCUACGGGGAGUGGCAGGGUGUCAUCUGCACAGGGGAGAACAGCUCGCAGGUCCAGGUACGUGCGCCAGCGCCGGCUCCUCACAUAGCCGGGGGUUCCCAGGGGGUCUCUGGUUCGCCCCCCACCCCGGUCCCUGACUGCCCACCAGCGCUCUUCCCGCAGAAGUACCUCCAGCAGCUGUGGAACACCAUCCUGCUGAUCGCCCUGCUCCUCUGCACCGGGGUGAUCGUGCAGGCGCAGCGGCAGUCGCGGCAAGACCUGACGGAGCAGGAUGCUGAGCUGGAUCUGAAGCAGCACAUUCGGCGGCAGCUGUUGGCACUGAAAUCGCGGCGGUACCAUCCCGGCAAACCGCUCCGGAGCCAGGGCUGUGAGAUCGAUAGCUGCGCCGUCUGCUUGGACCAGUUCCACAAGAGCCAGUGGCUGCGGGUGCUGCCCUGCUCCCACGAGUUUCACCGGGACUGCGUGGACCCCUGGCUCCUCCUGCAGCAGACCUGCCCUCUCUGCAAGCGCAACAUCCUGGGGAACUGCUGCACGGAGAGCUAG